AUGACCAAACCAGAGCUCUUAGCCAAAGCCUGCGACAGCACCCCGCUCACCAAGGACCUCUGCAGGUCGUUCCUCGCCUCGUUCCCCGAAUCCGAGGUGAAGGACAUCCACGCCCUCGCGAAGUUCGCGAUCAAGAUGACGUCCCUAAACGCGAGCAAGACCCACGACCUGAUCGAGACCAUGGAGCACAACCCGGCCACGGACGACGUGACCAAGCAGCGACUCAACGAUUGCGCCGAGAACUACCAGGACGUCAUCGAUCAGCUCGAGGACUCCAUGCCCGCGCUCGAUUCAAAGGUGUACGACGACGUGAUCACGUUCAUUACAGCCGCGGUGCAGGACGUGGAGUCGUGCGAGGAUGGGUUCAAGGAGCCUCCUGCGGUUAAGUCGCCAAUGACGCAGACCAAUGAAGUGUUCACCCAAUUGUGCAACAUUUGCCUAGCGAUCACCAACAUGUGCGGCAAAUAG